GGCUCAGGGAGGGCUGGACAUCCACUCACCAUGGCAUGUGGGCCGGGAGAGCUCCAGGCCCCUCCCCAGCCUCCAGUUUCUUCUGCCAGAUUUGGGGAGCAGCUCCAUUCUGGAGGGCCCUGGUUCCAGGCCUGUGGUCAGACCAACGUGACCUGCAGGGUGGUGAAGGGGAGGCUGGUGGAGGUGGGCAAGUGGCCGUGGCAGGCGAGCAUCCUGUACCUGGGCGUGUACAUCUGCAGCGGCUCCCUCAUUCACCAGCAGUGGGAGCUCACGGCCGCGCACUGCUUGCAGAGAUCCAAGGAUCCCACACUGUACUCUGUGAAGGUGGGAGUCCAGAACUUCCUUGAAAACGGCACGCAGAUCCCGCUGUCCCGCAUCGCGGUCCACGAGAAUUUCAGCAACCUCAUGACUCAGGACAUCGCCCUCCUGAAGCUCAAGACCCCCAUCUCCUGGUCCCCCGCUGUGCAGCCUGUCUGCCUCCCCAACAUCAAAACGCAGCUGACCAUCGGGUCCACGUGCUGGGUGAUCGGGUGGGGACUCGCGGAGGGCAAAAGAACCAAAGUGACCCCGAAGUCCUCCUACCACCACCUUCAGGAGAUGUCCGUCAGGAUCCUGAAGAACGACGUCUGCAAUCAGCGGUACCAGUUCCUCUUCCUGCAGAGCCAGAGGGAGUUCGUCGGGAAAGACAUGCUGUGUGCGAGCUCCGAGUGGGGCCAGGACACCUGUCAGGGGAACUCGGGCAGCUCCCUCGUGUGCCAGCAGAAUGGGUCCUGGAUCCAGAUGGGGGUGGUGAGCUGGAGCUUCAACUGCGGCCGCCGUCAGUUCCCAGGCAUCUACACCAGCACCACCCACUUUACGCAGUGGAUCAAGAAGCAGGUGUCCGACAUGAAGUUCGUCAGCAGGGCCGGCCCCGCCUUGCUGAGCCCCGUCCUCCACGCGUGCUGCAUGCUGCUGCUCUUCUGGGGCUCCCUGGGGCUCCUGUGAGCACGUGCCGGAGGUCCACUCCCUCGGCUCGGUCCUCGAGGGAAGCGGAGACCAGGGGUUGCCCGGGACGUCAGGGCAGCCCUUGCAGGAGGGUUCUGGAGCCACCCUUGAUUUCAGCCAUGCGAUGAAAACACCUGUGAACUUUGAGCCUGAUGUCAUUUUUCUUCCAACUUUGGUGAGAGCCUUUCAGAACACCCCUCUGCCCGAAGGUCUGGCAGUCCCCUUGUGCUAGGCCUUCCCAAUAGUCUUGCCCAGCGUCCUUCCGUGUUUGCCAUGUGACCCUGGGAGCUUCCCCUCCAUGAGCUGCCCGUUCCUCUUCCGCUAAGUGCCCACUACAGCCCCUACUUAGUCACCACAGGACUCCAGCAGCCCUCAGGUCCCUU